AUGAAGGCCUCCGAGGCCAAAGGAAAAGGAAAACCUUCCCUCCAUGAGGAAAAGAAAGGAAUCCUUCACGAGGAAAAUAAAGGAAGCCUCCCAAGGAAAGAAAGGAAGCCUCCUUUUUUGGAAAAGAAAGGAAGCCUCACGAGGAAAGAAAAGGAAUCCUCACGAGGAAAAAGAAAGGAAAAGGCCCCCCUGAGGAAAAAGAAAGGAAAGCCUCCCGAGGAAAAUAAAGGAAUCCUCAUGAAAAUGAAAAGAAAGGAAAUAAACCUUCCACGGAAAAGGAAAAUAAGGAAGGCCUCCACGAAAGGAAAAGGAAAGGCCUCCACGAGGAAAAAGAAAGGAAAUCCUCAUGAGGAAACGAGGCAAAGGAAGCCCCCCCUCCUCCGAGGAAAAGAAAGGAACCUCCCGAGGAAAAGGGAAAGGAAUACCUCCUGA